CUGCACACAAACAACCUGCGUACGACUGUGCACACACACACACCGAGUACCCCCAACACUGGACGUCCCAACCGCAAAUUAUGAAUAGCGCAAGGACUCGUCCUCAAAGUGCGCGCGGAAUACGAGCAGCAUCUCCACCGCCGCCUCCGCCAUCAUGAGCAACAUCAGCUUGGCCGUUGGGCAGACAGUCGAGCUGAACGACAGCCGAAGUGGGAUUGUUCGCUUCGUCGGCCCUACACAGUUUCAGACUGGCGAAUGGGUGGGAGUAGAGCUGGGAGAUGCAUCGGGCAAGAAUGAUGGAUCGGUCCAGGGGCAGAGGUACUUCGACUGCCCUCCGAGGCAUGGCAUCUUCUGUCGUCCGUCUGGUAUAAGUCGCGUGGUGGAAGAGGCAAAGCUCAAAGCGAAGCCGGCAGGGAAUGGGGCUCCAGUGAAGGCACGGCCAAGCAGUGUGCAUACGGCGCUGAACGGAACCAGAAGGCAGACUCUCACACAAGCCGGCGCCGGUCCAGGCAAACGGGCUAGCACCACAUCAGACAGUCCAACUCCCGCACCUCGCGUCGCAACCGGCAUUCGAUCGCCCGCCAAAUCGCCUACGAAACAGCUGGGCACCAAUGGCACAUCAAGCGCAUCAACUUCGAGGACGAGCACUCCCCCCGUUGCAGGAAGGAAGGCCACAGCAACAGCAGCCGCGAAACCAAGAUCGAGUCUCGCACCGGCCACAUCGACUGCAGCACGCAGGACAUCAACACUCCCUUCUGCGCCAGCGUCUCGUACGACAGCAUCCACUACGUCAACCACCUCCACCAGGUCUGGCCUCUCACGACCAGCUAUCGGUACUGCUGCGGCUUCACGACUCGCUCCAGCUGCGAGAGCGAGGGCAACUACCAAAGAUCGGCUGAGCUCGACCACCGAAGAGUCCACUAAUGACUCCGCAAGCGAAGCAGCGUCGACCAGAGAAAGUAUUACUUCAUCUCGACCAGGCACCGAAGCAGGUGAGGAGGAUAUAGACGACACCAUCACAAACUUUGCCCCUCCAGCACCACCUCCCAUCCCACCUGAGCCUGCAGAGCGCAUCGCUCGCGCAAGAAGGCCGUCCUCGCCUGGCGCGGCUUCGAUCCAUUCGCAGCGCACCAUACGCAGCACCGCUCAAACUAACCGCCAAAUCGAAGAGCUCGAGGCCAAGCUUCGACAGCUGGAGCGUAAAGGCGCAGAGAAUCGUGAAUUGAAGCUGGAGCUGGAGAAAGCUCAACAAGAGCGAGACAGUGCUCGCUCCAUCAUUGAGAAGCUUCAGAACAAAUACCGACCUGUACAAGAGGAGAACCAGAAGAUGAAGAAGGAGAUCGCUGAAUAUGAGACCCGAAUUUCAAGCGUUGAGCAGAUGCAGGCCGAACAUGAAGCAGAAUUGGAAAGCAUGCUGCUAGAUCGCGAGCUUGCUGAGGAGACCGCUGAAGGGUACAAAGCCGAUCUUGAUGCUGUUCGAGCUAGAAAUGAGGAGCUGUCUCUCGAACUCGAAGUAUUGAAGGACGAGAACAGUGAAUUAGGCCGUGAGAUGAGCCCCGAAGAGAAAAACAGCGCUGGCUGGCUUCAAUUGGAAAGGACGAAUGAGCGCCUGAAAGAAGCUCUCCUGCAACUGCGAGACUUGGCAAGCGACCGGGAGGCCGAGUUGAAGGAGGAAAUUAAAGCACUGGAAGCGCAGUCGAAAGAACUUGACAGCAUCAAGAGUCAAUACGAGGAGACUAGAGAGAAGCUGUUACACGCCGAAGCCAACGAGUCGGACCUCAAACAGCAGCUCGAAGUUGCUCUGGGUGCUGAAGACAUGAUCGAAGAGCUCACUGAGCAGAAUCACAACCUCAAGGAUAAGAUUGCCGAUCUUCAUGGCGUUAUCGAAGACCUUGAAAACUUGCGAGAGAUUAAUGACGAGCUUGAGAUCAAUCACAUCGAAACAGAGAAGCAGCUGCAGGAAGAGAUUGACUUCAAAGACACUUUACUGCUUGAUCGCGAGCGCACGGCCAAAGCGCAGCAGGCGCAAUUGGAUCAGGCUGAUUACAACAUCAGUCGCUUCAGAGCUCUGGUCCAAGAAAUGAAGGACCAUCUGCAAGAUCUGCAGGCCAGCAAGCAGAUUUCGGAAAGUGAGGCUGCGGAACUCUCGAGCAGAUCCCGUGCCAUGCAGGAACUCAACGUCAAGCUGCAAGACAGCGCUGCAAAGACACAAGUCAAGACUAUCGACCUCGAGCUGCGCCGGCUUGAUGCUGAACAGGCGUCGGAACAUCUGGCGAUCGUGCAAUUAUUCUUGCCGGAAGCCUUCCAGGCCGAGCGCGACAGUGUCUUAGCGUUACUGCGAUUCAAACGAAUUGCGUUCAAGGCCAACCUCGUGCAGAGCUUCGUCAAGGAGCGCAUUGCGUCGUACGGCACACGUGGAGAGGAGGAGGAAGUCUUUGCGGCUUGCGACGCUCUUGAUAAGCUGACGUGGAUUGCGGGCAUGGCCGAUCGAUUGGUCAAGUCUGUCAGCAGCUCUACUGUUGAUGCUUUUACUCAGUAUGGAAGUGCGCUAUACGAGCUAGAAGUCGUGGAGCGCGCACUGAAUGACUUCGUUGACGCACUCCGCCGAGAUGAUCUCAAAGAAAGCGAGAUGGCCACUCGCCUUGGCCGGUCGAUCGAGGUCAUGACGCACCUAUCCAGCCUGCACCUAAACGACAGCUUGGCGGACCACUCCGAUAGUCUCACCAUGAAGACUGCACUCUUGCAGAGCCGCCUAGACAGCGCCACCUCAGCAUUGACAGUCGUCAAAGGCAUGUAUGAGGCGAAAUUGCCAAGCUCGUCUGAAGAUGAUGAGUAUGACGACGAGAAUGUGUCCGACUCGGCCCUGAUUCUCAACAGAACUAAGUCGAUAAUAGAGCAGGCUCGCAACGCCAAGGUGAUCUCCGGGAAGACUCACCGAGCACUGGUCGAGCUGCAAGCGCGUCACUUAACUUUAGAGCCGUCCAUGACGGACAGCUUUGAUGAUGCAGAAUCAGUGACUGCAUCUAUAGCGGCUUAUGCUUGCAAGAGUGGCACAGAGCUGCAGAUUCUGUUUGGGGAAGAGGGACGAGUUGAGCCUUUCUCGGCCUCUGAGGUCUCGGCAGUUCUCGCUCGUUGCGCGACAAACAUAUUCUCUGUUGGUGGGUCCGAAGCUGGGCCAUAUGCGACUCUCAACAGCCGUCUGCGUGACUUGACGAUGCUGCUCGGCGAUUUGUCAACACUGCCGACCGACCUGGAUAACACGGUAGAGUUUGAGCGAGCGCCCGCGCCCUGGAUCGCCCGUGCAGAUGAGAUCAGGCGGCAUAAAGAGUCCAACAUGGAUAUGGAAGCCGAGCUGGCCCGCGCCCAGGAAGCCAUCCGCGAUCGGGACAACAUCAUCAAGCAAAAGGAGACAGAAUUGAAUGUUGAGGCCAUCAAGACUGAAACGUUCGAAGCUCGAUUGAAAGAGGCAAGCAAACGUUCGGCCAAGAUUGCUGAACUUGAACGUGAUGUUCGUGAUGCUAAGACUGCCGAAAGCAAGGCCAAAGCAGACCUCAUACGCGCCCAACAAGAUGCACAGUCUGAGAUUGAGCGCGUGCGUGAUGAGAUGUCUCGAAUGUCUGAAGAGCGCAGGAAAGGCGGUGCUUUGAAGGACGUCGACGGCAAUGCUAUGGGCGACAACACAAGACUUACGAUGAAACGGCAAGAAUACAAGAUCGCUGGUCUGGAAGGUGCAGUCCGCCAUCUCAAGAGCGAAAACAUUCGCCUCCGCCUUCCCGCCCCAGAUUCUCCGCAAGCCAUCAAAUCAUCUUUGGAUUGGCUCCACGAGCCCAUGACCAACAAAUCUCAGCCCAAAUCUCGAUGUCGACUUUCACAUAGGGAAGGCGAGAAGGUUUUUGAAGAUAUGCUCACGCUCGCCACCAAGCCGCCCAGCAUUGAUCUUUCGAAAUUGCCGCAGAAUAAGCUUGCGUGGAGACCUGCUAAGGAGACUAGUCGAUGGAAAAUCGAGAGUAGGCAUGAGGAAUGGGCGGAUUGGAAGCAUCGGCGUGAGGAGAUUCUUAACAAGGCUUUCAAUACGCCUCGUAUCGUUGCAGGGUAAGACAAGACGAGGCGAGGGGAGUCUUUUUUGUAUAAAGUAGUGAGACUGGGCUUUGAGUUUGGUUUUCGUAAGAUACCCACAGGAGCGAUGCCAUUAUCGCAUAUCAUG